AUGCCCCCCAACCUCCGCGCUUACCUCCUCUCCGCCCUCCUCCUCCUCGCCGCCGCCGGCGCGCGGCGCCACGCGUCGCCGGCCGCGAACGCGUCCUCGGCUGGCGAGCCCGUCUACCUAUGGCCGCUUCCCAAGAGCGUCUCGUCCGGGUCCCGGACCCUGACGGUGGACCCGGACCUCGCGCUCGACCCGCAGGGCCCUGGCGGCCGCUCCCUGGCCGUGGCCGAGGCGUUCCAGCGGUACCGGGGCCUCGUGUUCGCGCCGUGGGCGCACGCCGCGCGCCCGCGCGGGGCGCGGUACGACGUCACCAGGCUCACCGUCGUCGUCAACUCCGCCAACGACACGUUGGCGCUGGGGGUGGACGAGAGCUACGCCAUCUACGUGGGGGCGGCCGGCGGCGUCAAUUCCAUCGUCGGAGGAGCAAUCAUUGAGGCAAACACAAUAUAUGGAGCUAUUCGAGGACUGGAGACAUUCAGUCAACUUUGUGUUUUCAACUAUGACACCAAAAAUGUUGAAGUGCGCAAUGCCCCAUGGCAUAUUCAAGAUGAGCCCCGCUUUGCUUUUCGUGGGCUGCUCCUAGACACCUCACGGCAUUAUCUUCCGGUUGAUGUUAUUAAGCAAGUGAUCGACUCUAUGUCAUUUUCUAAGCUGAACGUUCUUCAUUGGCAUAUCAUCGAUGAACAAUCCUUUCCAUUGGAGGUGCCAACAUAUCCAAACCUUUGGAAAGGUUCAUACUCCAAAUGGGAGCGCUACACCGUGGAAGAUGCACACGAUAUUGUGAACUACGCUAAGAAAAGAGGUAUCAAUGUCAUGGCAGAAAUUGACGUUCCUGGUCAUGCAGAAUCAUGGGGAAAUGGAUACCCAAAGCUCUGGCCUUCUCCCAAUUGUACAGAGCCAUUAGAUGUCUCUAGUAAUUUCACAUUUGAAGUAAUUUCUGGAAUUUUGUCUGAUAUGAGGAAAAUCUUUCCAUUCGGGCUGUUUCACUUGGGUGGUGAUGAAGUAUAUACAGGGUGCUGGAACACAACACCUCAUGUGAGGCAGUGGCUUAAUGAGCGCAACAUGACCACAAAGGAUGCUUACAAAUACUUUGUUCUGAGGGCCCAAGAGUUGGCAAUUAAACUAAACUGGACUCCUGUGAAUUGGGAAGAAACCUUCAAUUCAUUCAAAGAAAACCUCAAUCCUCUGACAGUGGUGCACAACUGGCUGGGGCCUGGAGUCUGCCCUAAGGUUGUGGCAAAGGGUUUCAGAUGUAUAAUGAGCAAUCAAGGUGUCUGGUACCUUGAUCAUCUUGAUGUUCCCUGGGAAGAUGUCUACAGUGGCGAGCCACUCGAUGGAAUCAGUGACAGAGACCAGCAAAAGCUAGUACUUGGUGGUGAAGUUUGCAUGUGGGGUGAGACAGCAGACACAUCCGAUGUUCUACAAACAAUAUGGCCCCGAGCAGCUGCAGCAGCAGAGCGUCUGUGGAGUCAAUUGGGGGCCAUAACUGCCCAAGACGUAGAAACAACCGUCCUGUCACGGCUACACUAUUUCAGAUGCCUGCUGAACCACCGUGGGAUCGCUGCGGCUCCAGUCACAAACUACUAUGCUCGGAGGCCUCCGAUCAGCCCAGGUUCAUGCUUUGUUCAGUAA